AUGGCUGUUCGAAUUCCCUUGCCGCCAGCCCUCGUCUUUCCUCCACCUCCGCCUUGGCUACCGCCUCCGUCAUUGCGUCCACCACUGUCGCUGACGCCUACUGAUAACUCUUCGGCGCCUCAAGAGAAGGCAACCGCAGGCGUCAGCAUCGCCGUUGGGAUCAUCCUGCUCGUGCUCUGCUGCAUGUGCAGCGUCGCCGGAGGGCGCAUCGACGCCGAUGCAGCGGCGGCAGAUGCAGCCACCGCCGCGCGGCCGCAGGCAGCACCAGAACCAGAUCCGAGGGACAACGACGAGCAGCAGCUGCGCAGCAGCAGCGCCCACGAUGACGACAGCCGCCCACGGCGCGCCAGCCCCACGGCUGGUCUCCCGUCGUUCACCUACAACGGGUCGGUGAAGCACAACGUGACGGGCAGCGGCGAGGAGACGGCGACGCGUACGUGUUCGGUGUGCCUCGGUGCGUUCAAAAUCGGGGAGACGGUGCGGCUGCUGCCAGUGUGCCUGCACCUGUACCACGUCGAGUGCAUCGACCCGUGGCUGGACGCGCACUCGACGUGCCCACUCUGCCGGUCGGGCACCGAUCCGACGUUUGAUGGCAGCCUGCUACCGCCUGUUUAGGCGCGCUUAUCAUGGAGGGCGCGCAUGGUUUUACGUAGAGAGGUGCAUUGUACCAGAAAUAGUGUAUUUGCAGUGUAUAUUUUCUACCAAUUUUCCUAUUUUUUAGGUUGCUGAAAUUUGGGAUUUGAACGGUUAGACGUCGGAAUUGAACGCCAACAGCUGUUUUGAGUUCAAGGAGGGGGAUUUCGGGGUCCGGUGUGCUCUCCUGGCUUAGAGGAAUGUCUGGGGUUAAAGGCCAACACGAUGAUGGUGGCAAAUGUGGUGCAGGGCGAUGGAGACGCCUCCAACCGACGGCCCGGCUAAUCUGGAUUAGCACAGCAAUGGCAGGGUGCGAAUCUGGCGGCGGGACAACACCAGAAACGGGAAGAGAAAGGUAGAGCGGGCAAAUUAAAUGAAGUACACUGGCACAAGCUAUAAAAUGAACAAAGCUGUCUAGUUGGAGGAAGGAGAAAAGAGGUGGACCGUGAGAUAUAGAUAGGAGGGACUUGGUUCUUCGACUGUAAAGAAUGUCAUUUCGGACAGCUGAUGUCUAGCAUCUUCUGUUUUCUGCGGUUAUU